CCGUCCUUCUUACAGCAACAAUUGCCAGACUUGCUUGAAAUCACUUAGCAGCUAUGCAACUCUUGUCUUAUGCCCUUCUUUCAAUGGCUACCGCCGCCUACGCCAGCCCCUUAGCUCGACCAACUGAUGCUCUGAAAGAACGAGCUGUCAACUGCAACAAGGUCAAUGCUGCCCUUGGUGUCCUCAAAAUACUUGGCUCGCCUGCGACAACGUUCUGCAGCUCCUACCUGCAUAUUCCCGCGACUGUUACCCAAACCGCAACUGUUGCGCCUCCGGUAGCGACUGUCACAAUCUCAACAACAACAAUUUCGACAAUUGCGCCUGCAGGCUGCUCCACUGUCGUGCUUCAGGACAGCUCGGCACCCGCACCUGAAGGCAAACGUGACGUUAUUGAAAAACGCAUCAACCUCCCAGCUUUGUCCGCUUUCGCUGCAUCACAACUCUCGUCCGGAUGCAGUUGCCUGGGCUUGAGUCCGAAGACAACCUCAACGACAACGUUCACACCUCCUGCCACAUCAACAGUUAAGGUUGUCGCGACAAGUACAGCCUGUACCACCUGCGCUCCGAACCUUGCUCCCUGCACAUUCGAUGACCCUGGGCGGUGCUGUAGUCAGGCUUGUGCGGCACCAGGUGUUCUAGGAAACACCAAUGACUUCCCGGCUUGUGUUGUUUUCUGA